UUGAAUAUUUGACAUUGCAAGCAUUUAUUCUGAAUGUUGUUCAAUGUGAAGGCUUGACUUUCAUCUUUAAAUGCUGUCUCUGUUUGCUCUUAUUGAAACGUAUUUUUAAAAUCUGAGGGAGAAAAAGACCUUGCCAAAUUUUUCUGCAGUUUCUAUUGAUGGAUCUCAGUGAGUUAUAAAUUCAGACAAAAUAUUCUAUUAUUCUACUUCUAUCCAACAGUAUGUUAAGUUUUUUUUUCAUAGCAAACGUUUUUACUGAGCUGCUGAAGACUAAUAAUACAGGUAACAAACAAAAAAUAAUAGCAUCACAGCUAUUUUAAUCCUAACAUAACUUGUUCCUGGGCAAAAGGCUUCACAGUAUAUAACAGUGUGCAUUUCUUCUGGUGCCCUUUGUUAUUUAAUAGUAGUAUUGCACCAUAUAUACUGUAACUAUAACUUGCCUUCUCCCUCUCCAAACACCUUUUACUAAAGAAAAAAUUCCACGUGUAUUUAGACCUCUGUAUUUAUGUCAAUUUACAUCAAUAAUUUAGAACUGAGUACUGAAACAUGCAAACGAAUUUUGCUAGGCAUUGAGAAGAACCUUAAUUAAAACAUUAUGGGCCACACUUGCGAAUUUAUACAUCCUGGGCACCUGCAGCGAGCAUCCCCAGGAGCAGGGCAUACAGGGACAGAGGCCCCACGCGGGCCCCGUUUCUGGCUGGACAAUGUCUUCAACCAGCAGAAACCAGGUAUCUGCUGGAGCGGGUUGGCCAGAGGGUGGCAUUGACAGAAAAAAAUGGGAGAAAUGCUGGUGGCCUCCGAGUUGAAUUCGUGUUAGCCUGCCAUUGCCAACACCCAGCCCCGGGCAUGUGUGCCAUCUGACAGCGGCAAACAGGAGCCCCGUCACCUUUCCCUACAAACUGUGGCCAAAAUAACGCUUAUUUCAGGUGUUCAAAACUGUGCAGCUACGUAUUAUAUAUAUAAUGACACGUGCAGAUAUACACUAUAUGCUCGCACACGCACUCUAUACAUCUGUAACAUACGGUGAGCCCAAGCACCACGCGUACACAGCCCCUCUGGCCCACAAAGGCCGCUAGCGCAGACGGGGCGGCGGCCUGCGCCAGCCGGCGUAAUCCUCACCGGCGACGCCGCGCCUGCCUGCCGCCGCUCCGAGGGGAGGCCGCCGGGGCCGCCUCUGCCGCCGCAGUCGCGGCUCCCGGCCCGGCCGCUGGCGGCAGUACCGGCGGGCGGCCACCAGGCCGCGGAGCGCCGCCCCCUCGCCUCCCCCGGGGGAGGUCAGGGCGGCGGUAGCGGAAGCUUCUCCCUCCCGGCGCCGCGUCCCGGAACCAGCCGCGCCGCCGCGUCCUGCCGUGUCCCGUGCUGUCCCGUCCCGUCCCCCGCCACCUUCCGCCCCCGCCAGCAGCAUGACAGCGCCCACCGCCGCCUCCCGCAGGUGACACCGCACGGGCCCUUGCGCUUCUGCUGCCCUCCUAUAUGGGCCACCUGCUCUCCAGGGAGGCAAGCAGCCUGAGCCGGGACCGCCGCUGCCGCCGGGGGGGGAAGGUGUCGCCGCGCAGCCGGAGCUGCUUCCUGCGCGGGCCCUGCAUGCUCUGCUUCAUCGUGCACAGCGCCAGCCCGCCCGCCCAGGAGCAGCCCCUGCCCUCCGGGGACCCGCUGCUGCCACCGCCGCCCUACGCCGCCCUCGCCGCCGCCGAGCAGCGCGCCGCCCGCCGCCUUCUCCGCCUUCCGCCCGCCGCCUGGGAGCCGCGGGGCCGCUGCCAGCGCCUCUUCCUCUCGGGCCUGCUGCCCUCGCCGGUGCGGGGCCUCCUGGGGCAGGCCAGGUUGCCCGUCGAGGUCGCCUCCGAGAUGGUGUGCAAGCGCAAGGGGGCCGGCCUGCCCGCCUCUCCACCCUGCAAGCAACCGCGCUGCGGAGCCGCGGCGGAGUCCGAGGCAGCCGCUUGCCAGUGCCCGGGGCAGCCGCAGCUCUGUGCCCUGCCCGCCGCCGACUGCUGCGCGGCAGGCGGUGGGAGCGCGCCGGGCCGCGGCGCCGCCGGGGACAGCGGCGGCGGGGGGCAGCCUGCCUCGCCGCCGCCGCCGCCCCCCGCGCCGGAGGAAGGCGAGAAAGAGAAGGAGAGGGGCGGCGAGGCGGGCUGCGAGCUGCCGCUGGAGCCCCCCUGCGACUGUUGCCGAGAGCCGCUGCCGCCGCCGGCCCCGGACAUCAACCAGCUGCCGCCCUCUAUCCUCCUUAAGAUAUUUUCCAGUUUAUCCCUGAAUGAGCGUUGCCUUUCAGCAUCAUUAGUCUGUAAAUACUGGCGGGACCUGUGUUUAGAUUUUCAGUUUUGGAAACAACUGGAUCUCAGUAGUCGUCAACAGGUCACUGAUGAGCUGUUGGAGAAGAUAGCAUCAAGAAGCCAGAAUAUUACUGAAAUCAAUAUUUCUGACUGUCGCAAUGUGUCUGAUAGAGGAGUAUGCAUAUUAGCAAUUAAAUGUCCUGGACUCCUAAGGUAUACGGCCUACAGAUGUAAACAGCUUUCUGACACCUCUAUUAUUGCAGUUGCCUCUCAGUGUCCUCUCCUUCAGAAAGUGCAUGUAGGCAAUCAAGACAGACUCACUGAUGAAGGCCUAAAGCAGCUGGGUUCAAAAUGCAGAGAAUUGAAAGACAUUCAUUUUGGGCAAUGUUACAAGAUCUCAGAUGAAGGAAUGAUGAUUAUAGCUAAAGGCUGUCUGAAGUUGCAAAGAAUAUACAUGCAAGAAAACAAAUUAGUGACGGAUCAGUCUGUGAAAGCUUUUGCUGAACAUUGCCCUGAGCUACAGUAUGUUGGGUUUAUGGGCUGCUCUGUUACAUCAAAAGGAGUCAUUCACCUCACUAAUCUAAGAAAUCUUUCCAGUUUGGACCUACGUCAUAUCACAGAACUGGACAAUGAAACAGUGAUGGAAAUAGUAAAGAGAUGCAAAAACCUUAAUUCCCUCAAUCUGUGUCUGAACUGGAUCAUUAAUGACAGAUGUGUGGAGGUGAUUGCCAAAGAAGGCCAGAACCUGAGGGAGCUGUAUUUAGUGUCCUGUAAGAUCACUGACUAUGCUCUGAUAGCCAUUGGACGAUACAGCACAACAAUAGAGACAGUGGAUGUUGGAUGGUGCAAAGAAAUCACAGACUAUGGAGCCACGCAAAUUGCACAAAGCAGCAAGUCUCUCAGAUAUUUAGGGCUGAUGAGAUGCGAUCAGGUGAAUGAAGCCACAGUGGAGCAGCUAGUGCAGCAGUAUCCACAUAUAACCUUCAGUACCGUACUACAGGAUUGCAAGAGGACAUUGGAACGGGCUUACCAAAUGGGCUGGACACCCAAUAUGUCUACUGCCUCUUAACCUCCUAUACCUACAUGACAGUUCCACUCUGCUGCAUUCAGUAGAUCUAAUGGGGAUUGCAGAGGGUUCACAACCUUUCAUAUGAUGCAAUAUAAUUGUGAGUUUACAGAGAUUACAGUAAAAUGGCAAAAGCUGUACACUGACUUUAAGUACUGUACAACUAAAUACCAAUAUUAAAGCAAAACUUUAGAAAUGCAUUAUGGUUUUGUUUGCAUAAAAGAUAUAAAAGCCUCUGGCAGAUUUCUUGAAGUGGUUUCUUACUAGUUCUCUGGAUAGUUUGAGUUAUAGAAGAUGUUAAGCUUGUUUUCCUCUGUUUACAUUACUUCAUCUUGGUAUGUGUAUUUGCUUUGAUUUGUAAAUGGUAACUCAGUGCUAGCACUCAUGCAGUUCAUCAGACAGGCUUGAAACUGGGAGCUGAACUUGAUGCUUAUUAUUUACUGAAGCUACCCCAGGAGAUUUAAGAUGCACAGUAAUAAGAAAAUGUACAAAGAAUUGUGAUUUUCUUAUAAACAUUUUGAUAAUUAUACAAAUCAUUCUUCUAAACAGAAGUCUUAGUAAAUGGUGGUAAUGACAGAAUGGAUAUUUACUGCACAAUCUUACUUCCUUUCUGUCUAUCACUUCACCAAAUUGAUAUCUUCUUUCAUUUUGUUUUGUUUAAAAUAGGAGAUGCUGUAGAGAUUUCCAAAUCUUUCCAUCUUGUAAUUUUUAUAGUGAGUUGAGUGCUUAACACUGAUAACCAGUUCCCACUUUAUAAAGUCAAACAGUAAUUGAAUACACCAUCAAAAAUAAGUUAACCGACAAUGUUUAAAUACCUGAGUGAAAAAAUUUUUUUUCUUUUUUUCUUUUUUUUUUUUUUAGUGAACUUGUCUGCUCUGACUAUGCUGUUAUAUUGUUCAGUUGGGAAAUUCAGAUGAGUGGGUGUAAGCCAAUAACAGGAUUCCUCUCAUUUCCUGUGUGGUUGUACUUUUACAGCAGAUCUUACAAUUCAGAGAGCAGUUACCUCGAGAAGGCCAUCUAAACAUGAGUCCCAUUGUGGGUAUCACUUUGUAGGAUCAGAUGCUUCGUAAUGCAGUGUAUGCAAGAAAGUACUCAGAAUAAAUACAUAAAACAAUUAAUUUUCUGUGUGUCACAUUGCAUUUUAAGGAGUUAAAUUUGACCAGGGGAUACUGACAGUACAGACAUUGUGGCUUCAAUUUGAAGUUGCACUAACCUUUAGAGUAUUACCAUUUGGUUAAGAAUGUUUUCAGGUGUGUAACACUGGAUAUUUGUUUUUAAAAGGUUACAGCAUUUUGAUCCAAGGUAUGAAAUACAUAAGCUUCAGCUUGAGAGUUGCCAUUAUUGUCAAAAUGUUUUGCUAAUCCAAAAAAUCUAAUGCAGCAUAACCUAGAAGCUUAUUUAGUAUGACUGUAUAACUCUCUGUAAAACUGUUUGUUGAUUUCCAUAGCAUAAUUUUUUACAACAGAAACAUCAGUUCACAGUUAUUCCAGUGAGGUUGUUGAAUGUUUUCUUAUUAGACUUUAAAAAUGGGGAUGAAAUAACUUCUCUGGAAAAAAUAUAUGGUAAAGUUUUUAGCUUAAGUAAGUGGUACUUACGUGUGAACAUGUGUAAUGCUAGGCUUUUUAUUUACUCAUAUUUACUAUAUUUUAUUUACUCAUAUAUUACUAUAUUCUGAAAAUAUUUACUAUAUUUUCAGAAUAAAGCCAGUUGAUUAUAUUGCAGAUAUAGUACAGAAUCUUAGUCAUUUCUCAUUUAAUGUCUUUCUAUGAGUGCAUUAAAACUAUUCACACAAUUUGUAAGUUUCUAUUUUUUCGUGAAACCUUUGAUCUUGCAAUAGGUUUAAAUAAAAGAAAAAAGAAAUA